AGUUUUUUGUGUUAUAUUGUGACUUAAAAGUUGUUUUUUGUGUAUCCUGUAGGACCUCAUUUGUUGGCGGAAGGAUUAAAGAUGUACUACCCACCACUACUCAGGAGUUUUAAGUGGUGAAUUUGAACAGUGUUAAAACAGAAUGAAGGUUUCUGAAAAAAGUAGAUGGCUAACACAUUAUAUUUCGGGCAUCAUUUGACUUGUAUAGUGUUGAUGUAUAAAGUUGAAGACUGUAUAUUAUUCAUCAGGAACAGUUGAAUCCAGAAUUAAGCCUUAAAUGUGACUAAUUUACUAUAGAACAAAGAGUACGUACACUACCCUAUAUCGAUACAUUUUUCUUAGUAAAAGUAGAAUCAUCGAAAGAAAAAGGAAGUUUAAAAUGUUAAGAUGUUCAUACAAUUAUUGUCCAUCCUGUGAUGGCAUGUGGUUUAUAAUAUAUAAGUAUUGUAUAAAAAGGAAGUAAAUUGAUGGUGGAAGUUUUCAUAGUUUUUCCUUAUCACAUCAGUAAGCCACUUUGGAUUCAUAAGAGAACAGUUCAGCUACCGCAUGUGAUAAUAACAUAUUCAGUUUAUAUAACCGAAAAUGAAAUUUGGUAAAAGUAAAGCGGAUCUUCCUGGAUCAAGUGAUUCUGCUUUGUACGAAAACACAAAUAUUUUGACAAUUAAUACUUUUGCCGGAACACAGAUAACGAAUAUUGAAGAGGAAGAUUAUGAAACAAUAGAUGUAACAAUAAAACCAAAGGAAGUUCAUAAUUCACAUGAAAGAAAAAAGAAAAACGCGUCUAAUGAUGCAAUAGAACCAAUAGAAGUUCCGGAUUCACAUGAAAGGAAAAAGAAAUGCGCGUCUAAUGAUACUCUAAAGCGACUGAAAUGUAGGUUUAAUGUAAUGACAGUGCUGAUUACUUUUGUUAACAUCACUCUGGUAUCGUUGGUUAUAGUCCUCUUUGUGACAAAGAGUUCAGUCGAUAGUCAUUGGGCACAAUGGUCAAGCUGGACCUCGUGUGACGUAACAUGUGGUAAAGGAAAGUAUCUACGGCUACGAACGUGUACAAAUCCAUUGGCUACGACAAAUGACUGUAUUGGAGAAAGCUUGCAGACUGGUGAAUGCACAAUUGGCAACUGUACAG